AUGCAGAGGAGCAAUCACACAGUGACUGAGUUUAUCCUGCUGGGCUUCACCACAGACCCAGGGAUGCAGCUGGGCCUCUUCGUGGUGUUCCUGGGCAUGUACUCUCUCACUGUGGUAGGAAAUAACACCCUCAUCGUGUUGAUCUGUAAUGACUCCCACCUCCACACACCCAUGUAUUUUGUCAUUGGAAAUCUGUCGUUUCUGCAUCUCUGGUAUUCUUCUGUCUACACCCCAAAGAUCCUAGUGACCUGCAUCUCUGAAGACAAAAGCAUCUCCUUUGCUGGCUGCCUGUGUCAGUUCUUCUUCUCUGCAGGGCUGGCCUAUAGUGAGUGCUACCUGCUGGCUGCCAUGGCUUAUGACCGCUACGUGGCCAUCUCCAAGCCCCUGCUUUAUGCUCAGGCCAUGUCCAUAAAGCUGUGUGCAUUGCUGGUAGCAGUCUCAUAUUAUGGUGGCUUUAUUAACGCUUCAAUCAUCACCAAGAAAACGUUUUCCUUUAACUUCUGCCAUGAAAACAUCAUUGGAUUUUUCUGUGAUUUACUUCCCUUGGUGGAGCUGGCCUGUGGCAAGAAGGGUGGCUAUAAAAUUCUGAUGUACUUCCUACUGGCCUCCAAUGUCAUCUGCCCCGCGGUGCUCAUCCCAGCCUCCUACCUCUUUAUCAUCACCAGCGUCUUGAGGAUCUCCUCCUCCAAGGGCCGCCUCAAAGCCUUCUCCACAUGCUCCUCCCACCUGAGCUCUGUCACUUUAUACUAUGGCUCCAUUCUCUACAUCUAUGCUCUCCCUAGCUCUAGCUAUUUUUUUGAUAUGGACAAAAUAGUUUCUACAUUUUAUACUGUGGUACUCCCCAUGUUGAAUCCCAUGAUCUACAGCCUAAGGAAUAAGGAUGUGAAAGAGGCUCUGAAAAAACUUCUCCCAUAA